CCCGCCAGCUGACUCGAGUGGUCGCGCCCGGGGGACAGUCAGCUCUCUUUAGUGUUUGCCGAUGUCGGAGGUGUGACUGGGGUCUGUCCCUGGGAAAAAGCAGGCGAAGAGGAUGGCGCAAGUGAAAGUGCAGAGUGCAGCCCCCCUGUGCGGGGCCGGCCUGACCCCCGUCCUGCCCUCUGCGGCGCUGCCUGGCCCAGGCGCCCUGAGUUUGCAGCCCUCCAUCAACGGGACAGCCCAGGCCGUGACGCCAAGCUGCCCCCCACAAGCCAGCGCUGCUACCGCUGCCGGCUUUGUGGAUUCCAGCGUGCUCACCAACCCGCUAGGUUCUCCCCGGGAAAACAUGGCAAACCCCAAAGAGAAGACGCCCAUGUGUCUGGUGAAUGAGCUGGCUCGCUUCAACCGCAUCCAGCCACAGUACAAGCUCUUGAACGAGCGCGGGCCGGCUCACGCCAAGAUCUUCACUGUGCAGCUGUCCCUCGGGGAGCAAGUGUGGGAGGCGGAAGGGACCAGCAUUAAAAAGGCCCAGCACUGCACAGCAUCCAAAGCCCUGACAGAAUCCAACCUCCCUAGGCCCUCACCACGUUUGCCCAAGCUGGAAGCCCACAGCAACCCAGGCAGCAUCACGCCCACAGUGGAGCUCAACGGCUUGGCCAUGAAGAGGGGAGAGCCAGCCAUCUACCGACCCCUGGACCCCAAGCCCAUGCCCAACUACCGAGCCAACUACAACUUCAGAGGCAUGUUCAACCAGCGGUACCAUUACCCCGUGCCCAAAAUCUUCUACGUGCAGCUGAUGGUGGGGAGCAAUGAGUUCAUUGGGGAGGGACGCACACGCCAGGCCGCACGCCACAGUGCCGCCAUGAAAGCCCUGCAGGUCCUCCGCAACGAACCCAUUCCUGAGAAACGAGCCCAGAGCGUGGAGGAGAAGAGUGAGGCUUGCGACAGCGGCGACGCCAGCAAGUCGGAGAUCAGCCUGGUGUACGAGAUCGCGCUCAAGAGGAAUCUUCCCGUCACGUUCGAGGUCCUGAAAGAGAGCGGUCCCCCCCACAUGAAGAGCUUCCUGACGCAAGUGACGGUGGGCGAGUACACGGCUGAGGGUGAGGGCAACAGCAAAAAGCUAUCCAAGAAACGGGCCGCCCUUUCUGUGCUGCAGGACCUUAGGAAACUGCCCUUCCUCCCCGUGGUGGAAAAGCCCAAAAUACGGUGUAAAAAACGGCCCAAGACCAUUUUAAAGACGGGGCCAGAAUAUGGACAAGGGAUGAACCCCAUCAGCCGACUGGCCCAGAUCCAGCAGGCCAAGAAGGAGAAGGAGCCGGAAUAUGUGCUGCUGUCGGAGAGGGGGAUGCCACGGCGGAGGGAGUUCGUCAUGCAGGUGAAGGUGUGUGACGAGGUCGCCACUGGGACGGGACCCAACAAGAAGGUGUCCAAGAGGAACGCAGCUGAGGCCAUGCUGCUCCAACUGGGCUACAAACCCUCCACCUUCACACAGGCUCCGUCAGAGCAGAUAGACAGCAAAGGCUGGAAUGGACAAAAGCCACCGUAUCCAGACACUACCAGCACCAUGCAGAAGGGGAUCCUCCACCUAUCCCCCGAUGUUUACCAGGAGAUGGAGGCCAGCAGAAACAAGGCCGGUCCCGCCGCCCCCCCACUUAGCUACCCGGGCCCCGGCCCAUACUACGGCGGCACCAGCAGCACAGCGAGCAUCGCGCGGGAGCUGCUGAAUGGCGCAGCACCAGAGGCCGAGGGCUCUCGGGGAGGCAAGACCACCCCCCUGCCCUGCGCGUCUGUUCGGCCCUCCCAGCAACUCGACUACUUGGCCCGGGUUCAGGGCUUUCAGGUGCAGUUUAGCGACAGACAAAGCGGCAAAGAGUUUCUCACCUACCUGACUCUGUCGCCUGUUCAGAUGGGAUUCCACGGCAUCGGGGGCUCCGUCGAGGCUAGCCAUGACCAGGCUGCUUUAAGUGCCUUGAAACAGCUGUCAGAACAAGGACUGGACCCUGUGGAUGGGCCGACGAAGGUGGAAAAUGGGUCGCGUGAAAAGUAUGUUCCGGCAGAACCGCAGCCACAACAUCUGGGAGGCAGGAUGGACAAUAAACAGAGCAGCUCAGACUCUCAGGACUGCAAGGAAUCAAAGGCUGUCGCUUAGAGCCGCCCACCCCCCCACCCAGCGGGCCCUUGGCCCCCCGGCCCCUGGCCCCGCUACUUCCUCUCAGACCCGUCAACUCACCAUGCGAAGAUGACCCUCUCCUAAUGCAUUACUCUUAUUGAUCAUUUGUAAAGAGAAAUUAGUCAUUACGUAAGUUUAAGAGAAAUGAAUUAAUGCAUGGUACUGUUAAAUAAAGGGAAACCAAACAAAAUAUACCUAGAGAAUUUUCCCUUUUGAUAGAUUUUUAUUUUCUGCUAGUUGCCCAGUGUUUUAUCAGAAGAAAAAAAAAACCUUAAAGGUUAGAACUAGCGUUAGCUUUUCACCUUGUUUUUCCGUUAUCACUGAAUAACAUGCUUGAGUAUUUGAGGUUAAUUAACCGACGCCAGUGCAGUGAAAGCUCUAGUGAUUGUUUUCAUAUAUAGUGUCCGGCUUCUAUGCUGACAUUCAUCUAACUAUAUGGAUAUGUAUGACUCUCAGAAUAACAUACGCGAAAAAAGAAAAAAGAAAAAAAAGAGAUUUAUCAGAUUAACGGUGCACAGAACAUCUACGGGCCAGGAGCCGCUGUUAGAUGUUGACCGAGGUGCUAUUCAACAGAAACUGAAGGUGGGUUUUUUUAAAAGCUGGGCGACAAAUAUUCUACCCCUCACCAUAGAGAUACGAUUACUAGAAUGGUUCUAUAAAAAAGCACACACGACCAUACCGAAGCGUAUGGCAUCUAAAUCCACAUAUCAGUAAAAGUAAGCAUUUUUAGAUCAGAGUGUAAUUCCUCAUUGACGACACAAGCUGCUGUUAUGCCAGGGUAACUGUGUGUGCCUUCGUCUAGGGACCCCAUAGUUAGCAGGGCAGCGAAACGCACUACAUAACCAAUCUAGUAAUUCAAUACCUCUUUGCCCAUUUCAUGUUUCAGAGAUUGUGUUAGAUUCAGAGGAGCAGAAGAGGGGCUGCAGAUGCCCCUUCAAAAUGUUUAUGAAAGAGGGUUUAAAAAAAAAAAAAGUUUUUCUGACACAUGGGAUGUCCUCUGACUGGGUGCGUGAAAUUACAGUCUGUGUCUGUACAGAACUUCAUGGAAAAUGCAGUAAAACCACUUCAGUUCACAUUUGAAAA